AUGUUCAGAAAGCUCCAUUCCAUCUUCCACCACGGCCCACAGGGGAAGGCAGCAGCCGAGCGCCCCUACUACGCGGGAGCGAGCCCCACUGUCAGGCUAAUUCGUAGCAGCUCCAUGUAUGUGGUUGGGGACCACUUUGAGAAGUCCAGCGAGUCCUUAAAAAAGUACAGAAGCACCCACAGCAUGGACACCAGCCUGCACUACCUGCAGCAGGAGGACCGUGCCUGGAUGUACUCGCGCACCCAGGACUGCCUGCAAUAUCUUCAAGAGCUGCUGGCCCUGCGCAGGAAGUAUCUCAGCACCCUGAGUGACCUGAGGCCCCGGCGCAUGCAAGGUGAUGGCUCCACCUCCUCCAAGUCCUCCAAGGGAGCACAAAAGACCCCAGGAGAAGGCAAAAAAGCAGCCUCAAAGAAAUACUCCCAGUUCAGCACUGACGUGGCCGAGGCCAUGGCCUUCUUUGACUCCAUCAUCGCAGAGCUAGAGACAGAAAAACGGCCGAGGACUGCUGAGGUUGACCUGCCUAAUGAAGAUGUGGACUUUGAUGUGGCCACCAGUUCACAGGAACACAGCUUGCACUCCAACUGGAUUCUGCGGGCGCCACGCAGACAUUCCGAGGCCAUCGCUGCUCACGCCACUGCAGACAGCCGGUUUCGAAGGAGCACGGAACACAAGGUCACGGGCACCCAGAGGAGGCUCGAGAGACACCCCAUUUACCUGCCAAAGGCUGUGGAAGGGGCAUUCAACACCCUGAAAUUUAAGCCCAAAGCCCACAAAAAAGACCUGGGGAGCUCCAGACAGAUCCUCCGCAGCUUCUCCAGAGAAGACUUGGAGUGGGAGGAGGAGUUCUUUGCACAGCAGUCCCCCGGCUCUUUGGAGGAGGAUCAUUUUGAGGCAGAGCAUCCCAAAGGGCAAUGGCUGAUUCGAGAAAGACUCUGGGAACGGACCGUGUCCUGACUUGACUUGUCUCAGCUUGGGUCUUUGUCAGGUGGUCAGCUUCUGGGCAGGGUGAGGUGUUCGGUAGAGGUAAAAAUGAAAUGAUAAACUUGUAACACAACCAAACGCCAACACUGCCCAGCCAGUGCCAAAAAGAGCCCGAGCUUCUCAGGGGACAUGUCCUGGGGGAUUCAGAGACUGGGCGCUUCCCACAGCCGUGGACAGGAGAGAAGGGAAGGAGAGCUGGCUGCUGGUGUCCCAGAGCAGAGGCACAGAGGCCUUGAAUGAGUGACCCUGCCACCCUGCCUUGCCUGGCAUACACAGACGAUGGCAUAAAUGGCUGCAUAUAAUGUGCUCAGAACUGGAAAGGAGUUCCGGCCUAAAGUCUCCAAGGAUGUGUCUCAGAAGCCCAAUGGGGGAGUCCUGAGGUCACCUCCAUCCAUGCAGAAUGCAGUCAAGAAGGCAGCCCCUUCUGCUCUAGGUCUUUCUGGGGUUUUCAGAAACUCUGCUGCUAGGUUAGCCUGAAAACGGGGCCAGUAUCCAGGCAGUAGGGUAGAGAAUGGUUCUGUCAGGGCUUGCCUUGUGAUCACACUCUUGCCCAGAGCUCCUGCACACAGAAGGCUGGCUCAAGGAGGUGGAGGUAGGCGGGUCUUUCUCCUUCCUGACUCACACAAAUAAAGCUGUAUCCAUGCAAGGAGCCCAUGACAGGCUCUGCACCUCCCACUUACAGGUAGCUAGAAGCAUAAUGUUCUUUCUGUCUAGGAAGAAUUUUUGUAGUUCAGACAUUGUUUGUGAAGAGACACUAGCCGACUUGAGCAUGGCUCUGGCAGGCCUUGCCCUUCCCCCAUUCCCUCAGCCUUGCUAGAAACCGUUAGACUACAUUCCUAAAGCUAGUCACCAAGUCCA